AUGGAGGAUGAGGAGACUGUUAGGGAGCGUGAGCAGACUGCCAUUGAGCGUGAGGAGACUGCUUGGGAGGAUGAGGAGACUGCUAGGGAGGAUGAGGCUACUGCUAGGGAGGAUGAGGAGACUGCUAGGGAAGAUGAGGAGACUGUUAGGGAGCGUGAGCAGACUGCCAUUGAGCGUGAGGAGACUGCUUGGGAGGAUGAGGAGACUGCUAGGGAGGAUGAGGCUACUGCUAGGGAGGAUGAGGAGACUGCUAGGGAAGAUGAGGAGACUGCUAGGGAGGAUGAGGAGACUGAUGAGGAGGCUGAUAGGGAACAUGAGGAGAGCGCUUGGGAGGAUGAGGAGACUGCUCGGGAGGAGGGGGAGGCUGCUAGGGAUGAUGAGGAGACAGCUAGGGAGCGUGAGGAGCCUGCUAGUGAGUGUGAGGAGCCUGCUAGGGAGCGUGAGGGGCCUGCUAGGGAGCGUGAGGAGACUGCUAGGGAGCGUGAGGAGACUGCUAGGGUGGAUGAAGAAACUGCUAGGGAGGGUGAGGAGACAGCUAGGGAGCGUGAGGAGCCUGCUAGGGAGCGUGAGGAGCCUGCUAGGGAGCGUGAGGGGCCUGCUAGGGAGUGUGAGAUGACUGCUAGGGAGCGUGAGGAGACAGCUAGGGAGCGUGAGGAGCCUGCUAGGGAGCGUGAGGGGCCUGCUAGGGAGCGUGAGGAGACUGCUAGGGAGCGUGAGGAGACUGCUAGGGUGGAUGAAGAAACUGCUAGGGAGCGUGAGGAGACAGCUAGGGAGCGUGAGGAGCCUGCUAGGGAGCGUGAGGAGCCUGCUAGGGAGCGUGAGGGGCCUGCUAGGGAGUGUGAGAUGACUGCUAGGGAGCGUGAGGAGACUGCUAGGGUGGAUGAAGAAACUGCUAGGGAGGGUGAGGAGACUGCUAGGGAGGAUGAGGAAUGUGCUACGGAGUGUGAGGAGACUGCUAGGGAGGAUGGGGAGACUGCUAGGGAGGAUGAUGAUUCUGUUAGGGAGCAUGAGGAGACUACUAGGGAGGAUGAGGACACUGCUAGGGAGCGGGAGGAGACUGCUAGUGAGCGUGAGGAGACUGCUAGGGAGGAUGAAGAGACUGCUAGGGAGGAUGAGGAGCAUGCUAGGGUGGAUGAUGAGACAGCUAGGGAGGAUGAGAAGACUGCUAGGGAGCGUGGGGAGACUGCUAGGGAGCGUGAAGAGACUGCUAGGGAGUGUGAGGAGCCUUCUAGAGAGGAUGAGGAGACUGCUAGGGAGGAUGAGAAGACUGCUAGGGAGGGUGAGGAGGCUGCUAGGAAGGAUGAGGAGGCUGCUAGGAAGGAUGAGGAAACUGCUAGGGAGCCUAGGGAGCGUGAGGAGCCUGCUAGGGAGUGUGAGGAGACUGCUAGGGAGCGUGAGGAGACUGCUAGGGUGGAUGAAGAAACUGCUAGGGAGGGUGAGGAGACUGCUAGGGAGGAUGAGGAACGUGCUACUGAGUGUGAGGAGACUGCUAGGGAGGAUGGGGAGACUGCUAGGGAGGAUGAGGAUUCUGUUAGGGAGCAUGAGGAGACUGCUAGGGAGGAUGAGGAUUCUGUUAGGGAGCAUGAGGAGACUACUAGGGAGGAUGAGGACACUGCUAGGGAGCGAGAGGAGACUGCUAGUGAGCGUGAGGAGACUGCUAGGGAGGAUGAAGAGACUGCUAGGGAGGAUGAGGAGCAUGCUAUUGAGGAUGAAGAGACUGCUAGGGAGGAUGAAGAGACUGCUAGGGAGCGUGAGGAGACUACUAGGGAGAAUGAGGUGACAGCUAGGGAGGAUGAGGAGACUGCUAGGGAGCGUGAGGAGACUGCUAGGGAGGAUGAGGAGACUGCUAGUGAGCAGACUACUAGGGAGGAUGAGGACACUGCUAGGGAGCAUGAGGAGACUGCUAGUGAGGAUGAGGAGACUGCUAGUGAGGAUGAGCAGACUGCUAGUGAGCAUAACGAAACUGCUAGUGAAUGUGAGGGGCCUGCUAGGGAGUGUGGGGAGACUGCCAGGGAGGAUGAGGAGACUGCUAGGGAGCGUGAGGAGACUACUAAGGAGGAUGAGGACACUGCUAGGAAGCGAGAGGAGACUGCUAGUGAGCGUGAAGAGCCUGCUAGGGAGUGUGGGGAGACUGCCAGGGAGGAUGAGGAGACUGCCAGGGAGGAUGAGGAAACUGCUAGGGAGCGUGAGGAGACUGCUAGUGAGCAUGAGGAGACUGCUAUUGAGGAUGAGGAGACUGCUAGAGAGGAUGAAGAGACUGCUAGGGAGGAUGAGGACACUGCUAGGGAGUGUGAGGAGCCUGCAAGGGAGCGUGAGGAGACUGCAAGGGAGGAUAAGGAGACUGCUAGGGAGGAUGAGGAGACUGCUAGGGAGUGUGAGGAGCCUGCAAGGGAGCGUGAGGAGACUGCUAGGGAGUGUGAGGAGCCUGCAAGGGAGCGUGAGGAGACUGCUAGGGAGGAUGAAGAGACUGCUAGGGAGUGUGAGGAGUCUGCUAGGGAGGAUGAGGAGACUGCUAGGGAGGAUGAGGAGACUACUAGGGAGGAUGAGGAGACUGCUAGUGAGCGUGAGGAGAUUGCGCGUGGCGAUACGUAA